AUGGUCCUCCUGGUGGACGGGUCGUGGAGCAUCGGUCGCAUCAACUUCAAAACCAUCCGGAACUUUAUCGCUCGCAUGGUCAGUGUGUUCGACAUCAGCCCUGAGCGCGUGCAGAUCGGUCUGGCUCAGUAUAGCGGAGACCCAAAGACAGAGUGGCACCUGAACUCUCACCCGAACAAAGUCUCACUCCUGGAGGCGGUGGCCAACCUGCCGUACAAGGGCGGGAACACCAUGACAGGCAUGGCCCUGAACUACAUCCUGGAGAAUAACUUUCGUCCAAAUGUGGGUCUGAGACCUGAAGCUCGUAAGAUCGGUGUCCUCAUCACUGACGGCAAGUCUCAGGACGAGAUCAUCGUGAGCUCUCAGAGACUCAGGGAUAGCAACAUCGAGCUCUACGCUAUUGGGGUGAAGAAUGCAGAUGUGGCAGAGCUGAGGACCAUCGCCUCUGACCCUGACGACAUCCACAUGUACAACGUGGACGACUUCAAGUUUAUGGUCGACAUUGUGGACGAACUGACGGUCAAUCUGUGCAACAGUGUGAGAGGAGAUGAGCCAGACCCUGUGGAUCUGGUCCCAGACCCUCCCCAGGACCUGCAGACCUCAGAGGUCACACACUCCUCCUUCAGAGUCUCCUGGAGUCCUCCUGACGCUCCUGCAGAUAAAUACAGGAUCACCUACAGGAGAGCAGCCGGAGGUGCUACGCAGGAGACCUCGGUGGACGGUGAGACCAUGUCCACUGUCCUCGUGGGUCUCUCUCCUCGGACUCUGUACGAAGUCAGUGUUUACACUGUGAGCGGAGAGUCGAGCAGCGCCCCCCUGUCCGGGUCCGAGACCACACUCCCUGUUGCUGCUCCUGCGGACCUCGUGGUCUUCAAUGAGGAGGUGACGAGUUUCAGACUGAGGUGGACUGAAGCUGAAGGAGCCACAGGAUACAAGAUUCUGUACCAAGCCCUGAACUCCUCUGACGGAGGAGACGAGAGGGAGCUGCGCGUGGGUCCGGUAUCGGUGGCGCUGCUGACGGAGUUGAUCCCGAACACAGCGUACGGCGUCAAACUCUUCGCUCUCCACCAAGAGACGACCUCUGACCCUUUAGAGGUCACAGGGGUCACACUCCCUGUUGCUGCUCCUGCGGACCUCGUGGUCUUCAAUGAGGAGGUGACGAGUUUCAGACUGAGGUGGACUGAAGCUGAAGGAGCCACAGGAUACAAGAUUCUGUACCAAGCCCUGAACUCCUCUGACGGAGGAGACGAGAGGGAGCUGCGCGUGGGUCCGGUAUCGGUGGCGCUGCUGACGGAGUUGAUCCCGAACACAGCGUACGGCGUCAAACUCUUCGCUCUCCACCAAGAGACGACCUCUGACCCUUUAGAGGUCACAGGGGUCACACGGCCAGUGCUGUUCAAGGGGGCCCUCAGGAUCUCUGAUGUGACACACAGUUCCAUGAAGCUCAACUGGGACGAGGCUCCGGCUCCUGUGAAGAAAUACAUCAUCACCUACAAGGCAGAAGAAGGAGGUCUGCAGGAGGUUGAGGUGGGAGGUGAUGUCACGUCUCAGAGUCUGUCGUCGCUGGUCUCUCAGACGGAGUAUGACGUCGCUGUGACUCCUGUUUACGAACAGGGACCAGGAGAACCCAUGCUAAACAGCGCUAUCACAGAUGUAGUACCUGCUCCUCAGCGCCUCCUUCUGUCGGAGGUCACAGAGAGCUCGUUCAGAGCGUCCUGGGAACACGGAGCUCCAGACGUGAAACUGUACAGACUGAGCUGGAGCAGGAAGGGAGGGGCCAAGCCCGAGUUUGCCGUGCUGGACUCUGGGGUCACAUCGCACGUUCUUCCAAACUUGGAUCCGGACACAGAGUAUUUGGUUACCGUGACGGCCAUCUACCCCGACCAAUCAGAGAGCGAGGACCUGAUGGGGGCAGAGCGAACAUUGCCCAGCGCUCCAGUCGUGGCAGUAGCACCUCCUCGGAACCUGGAAGUGGUGAACUCCUCCUCCACCACACUUACGGCUCGAUGGGAAGCUGCUCCAGGGAGAGUCCAGAACUACAGGCUCACAUAUGUUCCCCUGUCCCCAGAAGGAGAGAGUCCCCAGAGUGUCCAGGUUGGUGGUAAAAAGACCAGUGUGAUUCUACAGAAGCUGCGUCCAGACACAGACUACAGACUGAGUCUAGCUGCUGUGUAUCCUGCUGCUGUGAGCCCAGAAACAAGCACCCAGGGGAGAACAAAGCCUCUCGGGGGCGUGAGGAACCUGCAGGUGCUGAACCCGACCAUGACGACUCUGAGCGUGCGCUGGGAUCCAGCGGAAGGAAAAGUCAAAGAAUAUAGAGUAAUCUACAAACCAGCAGCAGGGGGCGCUGAGAGCAUGGAGCAGGUUACAGCUGGUACCACCAGUACAAUGCUGAGAGGACUGACCCCUGACACUCUCUACUCUGUGUCUCUGCUGCCCAUAUAUGGAGAGGGGGAGGGGCUAGUGAUGUCACAGAGCGGAAAGACACGGCCACUAGGGGGAGUGAAGAGCCUGCGUGUGUUUGAUCCCACCAUGACGUCUCUGAACGUGGAGUGGGAACCAGCAGAGGGCGCUGUGAGACUCUACAAGGUUUUCUACGUCCCAGCGGCCGGAGGCAACGAGGAGAUGGAGCAGGUGCCGGUGUCCUCCUCGUCCACGGUGCUGAGGAACCUUCAGUCCAACACAGAGUACACUGUGUCUGUUCUGCCAGUGUUCCCUGCACGAGAAGGAAAGCGGUCCUCAGCCAACGGCAAGACAUUGCCGCUGGGGGGAGUGGACAACAUGAGAGUGUCUAACCCGACCAUCACCACUCUCACCGUCACAUGGUCCUCUGCACCAGGAAACGUACAGGGAUACAAGGUCAAGUACGAGCCCACAACCGGAGGAACUACCAUCGUGGAGCAGGUCUCUGAGAGCACCACCUCCACAGUCCUGGAGAAGCUUCUCCCUGACACUCAGUACAGAGUCACUGUGAUCCCAGUGUACGCAGAGGGAGAUGGACCCCAUCUGAGCGAGACCGGCAAGACCCGACCUCUGGGAUUUGCCCGUAACCUGCAGGUGACUGAUCCCACCACCAGCUCGCUGAACGUUCGAUGGGACGCGGCCGAAGGAAAUGUCCGCGAAUACAUCAUCACCUGGAUCCCCACGAAGGGAGGGGACCAGGAAGUGGACCAGGUCUCCGGUUCCACCACAACCACAGUUCUCCAGAACCUUCAGCCGGACUCAGAGUACAGUGUGACAGUGGUCCCAGUGUACGAGGAGAUGGAGGGGAGGAGCCAGACCAGCAAGGGCAAAACCAACCCAAUGGGAGGAGUAAAGAACCUCCGUGUUUCCGACCCUACGCCCUCGUCGCUGACGGUUCGUUGGGACGCGGCUCCUGGAGACGUGCGCAGCUACAAAGUGUUCUACACCUCACAGCCGGGAGGAACCACCAAGAUGGAGGAGGUCUCUGGACGCAGUACCUCCUCUGUCCUGCGGGGGCUGGACUCGGACACAGUUUAUAAAGUGGCAGUGGUUCCAGUUUAUCCGGACGUGGAGGGCGUCAGACAAGAGGAGCUUGGCAAGACCAAGCCACUGGGGGCAGUGUUGAACUUGCGAGUGACUGAUGCAACCUACAGUUCUCUGAGAGCGACGUGGGACAGAGCAGAAGGAGACGUUCAACAGCACAAGCUGCAGUACCAGAAGACAGCAGGGGGCGCUGUCACCACGAUCAGUGUCCCUGGUCUCAGCACCUCCUCUCUCCUCCUGGAGCUGACUCCUGACACCUCUUACACCGUCACAGUGAUCCCAGUGUACACAGAGCAGGAGGGGAGCGCAGCCACCGCCGCCGGGAAGACCAAGCCACUGGGGGCAGUGCGGAGCCUGUCGGUCUCUGAUCCCAGCACCAGUUCUCUGAAUGUUCGCUGGGACGCAGCUGAGGGCAACGUCAGACACUACAGGAUCUACUAUGUCCCUGAGACUGGAGGAGCAGAGGACAUGGAGCAGGUCUCUGGGGGCUCCACCAGCACCGUCCUCAGGAACCUGCUGUCAGACACCAGUUACACUGUGACUGUGGCCCCUGUGUUUCUCGAGGGAGAGGGGCCCAAACAGAGCGCCACGGGCAAGACAUUGCCCAGGACGCCCCCUGGUGGCCUGCAGGUGUAUAACCCCUCCCCGUCCUCCCUCAACGUGCGCUGGGAACCUGCCUCAGGACGAGUGCAGCAGUACAGGGUCAAGUACACAUCAGCAGGGGGCAGCACUGGGACUGUCCUGGUUGGAGGAAACGUCCACAAUGCGUUUUUAGACGCUCUGAUCCCUGACACGCCGUACACUGUGACCGUGACCGCCAUCUAUGGCGACGGAGACGGAGGAGACGCCACGGGCAACGGGAAGACUCUUCCCAGAACGGGACCCAGGAACCUCCGGGUGCUUGAAGCCACCACCAGUUCCCUCACAGUUGGCUGGGACCACGCUGAGGGUCCUGUGAGGCAGUACAAGAUAACCUACUCACCGCUGACCGGGGACCCCAUUACAGAGCACGUCUCAGUCUCUGGAAACAGGAACAACGCUCGUCUGCUGAACCUGCUGCCAGAGACGCUCUACAACAUCAGUGUGGAGGCGCAGUACUCAGAGGGACCAGGGGGGGCGCUGUCCGGGACCGGCACCACACUGGGCCUGGUGUCUCCUCAGAGUCUGCGUGUGUCUGAUGAAUGGUACACUCGGUUCAGAGUUUCCUGGGACCCGGUACAGGCUCCAGUGCAGGGCUACAGGCUCAGCUACGCCCCCACAGGGUCCCUGUCCCCCAGGAUGGACAUGUUUGUUGGGGACGUGUCGUCCUUCACCCUCCACAACCUGCUCACAGGGACGACCUACGACCUCAGCCUGAGAGCUGUGUACCCAGGGGGAGUGAGCGCCCCUCUGGACGGGCAGGGAACUACACUCUCCCUGAAUGUGACAAGUAUCGAGACCUAUAACGUUGGUCAUGACGCUUUCUGCAUCAAAUGGGCGCCACAUCGAGCCGCAACGUCCUACAGGAUCAGACUCGACCCAACGGACCCCAAUAGCCUUGGGGAGCAGGAGGUGACCAUCCCGGCAGGUCGGCCUCAGUUCUGCUUUGACGGUCUCUCCUCAGACGCUCAGUACCGAGCCACGGUCUACGUCCAGACCCCCAAUCUCGAGGGUCCUGGGGUUGGGGCCCUGGAGCGCACACUGGUGAAGCCCACUCCCGUGCCCACCUUGCCCCCCACCCCCCCGCCUCCCCCCACAAUCCCCCCUGGCUGGGCCGUGUGCAAAGGGGCCCGUGCAGACCUGGUGUUUCUCAUCGACGGCUCCUGGAGCAUCGGCGAAGACAGCUUCACCAAAGUCAAGAUCUUUGUCCAGUCCGUCAUUGCCGCCUUCGACGUGGUGGGACCCUCCGGCAUGCAGGUCUCCUUUGUUCAGUUCAGUGAUGCUGCUGUUACUGAGUUCAAACUCAACGCGUACCAAAACAAAGGCGUCGCCAUGGCAGCACUGCACCACAUCCGCUACCGAGGCGGCAACACCAAGACAGGCGUGGCCCUCAGACACACCUAUGAGAAGGCCUUCUCUGAGGCCAAUGGGAGGAGGAGGAGCGUCCCCAAAGUGGUGGUGGCCAUCACCGACGGACGCUCUCAAGACGACGUGAAGAGCAGCGCGGCCAAACUGCAGCACGCAGGGUACAGUGUGUUUGCGAUCGGAGUGUCAGACGUGGAUUUCUCUGAGCUGCAGCUGAUUGGAUCCAAACCCAGCGAUCGUCAUGUUUUUGUUGUGGACGACUUUGACGCCUUCGACACCAUCAAAGAAAACCUGAUCACCUUCAUCUGUGAGACCGCCACUUCCUCCUGUCCGCUCAUCUUCCUGAAUGGUUUCACGUCUCCUGGGUUCCGGAUGCUAGAGACCUUUAACCUGACAGAAAAAGGGUACAGUUCUCUGAGGGGGGUCUCUCUGGAGCCAGGGUCCUUCAACAGCUACCCGUCCUACAGGCUCCACAAGGACGCAUUCAUCUCCCAGCCCUCCAGAGACAUUCACCCUGAUGGCCUGCCUCACACAUACACCCUGAUCCUGCUGCUGCGGCUGCUGCCUGAGUCUCCGACCGAGGCCUUCGACGUGUGGCAGGUCUCCAGCCAAGACCACAAACCAGAAACCGGACUCACCCUGGACCCCUCCUCUCAGACCAUUUCCUUCUAUAACAAAGAUCAGAGUGGAGAAAUUCAGAAAGCAACGUUUGACGACGAAGCAGUGAAGCCAAUCUUCCACGGCAGCUUCCACAAGCUGCACCUCCUGGUCUCCUCCUCCUCUGUCUCCUUGAGGGUGGACUGUGAAGAGGUGCAGCAGAAGGAGCUGAAGGAGGCGGGGAACACCUCCUCAGACGGAUACCAGGUCCUGGGGAAGACUGUCCAGAGCACAGGGUCCAGGGGCCACAGCGCCACCUUCCAAUUGCAGAUGUUCGACAUUGUCUGUAGUUUGGCCUGGAACAGCAGAGACCGCUGCUGCGACCUGCCCUCCAAAAGAGAUGAGCUGAAGUGUCCUCCUCUUCCAAACUCCUGCACCUGUACGUCCCAGUCCAGUGGUCAGCCGGGUCCCCAGGGGCCAAUGGGCGCUCCUGGAAGCAAAGGACCUCGAGGAGAGAAGGGAGAGACGGGUCCAGCAGGCCCCAUCGGACCUCGAGGAGAUAGCGGGCCCCCAGGACCCAUGGGCCUCCCGGGGCCUCAGGGGCAGAGCGGACUGUCCAUGCCAGGAGAGAUGGGACGACCUGGACCUAAAGGAGACUCUGGAGACUCAGGCUUACCUGGACAGAAGGGGUCUCCAGGAGCAGUUGGCCCCUCGGGCCCCACAGGACCAGCUGGAGUCAGGGGCCCCCAGGGGAAGGAGGGCCCCACAGGACCCAGAGGAGCUCCAGGAUCUAUGGGGCCCCCAGGAGCUCCCGGAGUGCAGGGAAACACAGGGACCCCAGGGAAACCAGGAGACAACGGCACCCCUGGUGUGGCCGGUCUAAAGGGGGACAAAGGAGAGAGAGGAGAGUUUGCGCCUCAGAACAUGAUGCGCUCCAUUGCACGACAAGUGUGUGAGCAGAUGAUGGCCUCCCACAUGGCCCGGGUGAACUCGGUCCUGAACCAGAUCCCCAGUCCUCAGUCCAGCCUCAGUCCUGGACCUCCAGGACCCGUGGGGCCCACAGGACCCAUGGGUCCCAGAGGAGAACCAGGCCCUGCAGGAAGGAACGGCUUCCCAGGCGGCCCAGGCCAACCAGGGCUGAUGGGAGAGAGAGGAGCUCCAGGAGAGAAAGGAGACAGAGGCUCCUCUGUGGUGGGCCCUAAGGGCCCCCGUGGCCCCCCUGGGCCCCCUGGAGAGACUCGCACGGGGCCGCCAGGGGCCCCUGGGUCGGCUGGAGCUCGGGGGCCUCCAGGACGACAGGGAUACCCAGGCAUCAGGGGGCCCCCCGGGGCCAACGGCUACUGCGACUCCUCCCAGUGUGUGGGAAUCCCCUACAACGGACAGGGCUACAACGGCCAGUCCACUGUCCGAGUCCUGGACCAGCCUCAGCUCAGGGCUUAG